UCGAAAUCUGACCGGAGGUUCUUCCGUCAUCUCUUUACUUUUGGUCGUCGGCGCAUUGAGGCGUUAGCGAAUUUACUUGUAAUCAUCGCCGAAUAAUUCUCGUUGGCGAGUGAUCUUGCACGAAAGAAAAGCCACGAAAUGCAACCUCAAAUAAUUCUUCUGAAAGAAGGCACGGACGCUUCCCAGGGGAAGCAACAGCUGAUAUCCAACAUAAACGCAUGUCAGGUUGUUGUGGACGCUGUUAAGACCACCUUGGGUCCUCGCGGCAUGGACAAGCUGAUAGUCGACCAAAAUGGCAAAAGCACUAUUUCGAAUGACGGCGCCACCAUCUUGAAACUGCUGGAUAUCAUUCAUCCGGCAGCAAAGAUCUUGGUGGACAUCGCUAAGUCACAAGAUGUGGAGGUGGGAGAUGGCACGACCAGCGUCGUCCUGCUGGCGGGGGAGUUUCUGAAGCAGAUGAAGCCGUUCAUAGAGGAGGGGGUGCACCCGCGAAUAAUCAUCAAGGCGCUGCGCCGCGCGCUACGGUUAGCCGUGGACAAGAUAAACGAGCUGAGCGUGAAGAUCGACAAGAGCGAUCUCAGCAAGCACAUCAAUCUCCUGGAGGAGUGCGCGGCCACGUCGAUGAGCUCGAAGCUGAUACACCAGCAGAAGAAACACUUCAGCAGCCUGGUCGUCAAAGCCGUCCUGAUGUUGGACGACUUGCUGCCGCUCAACAUGAUCGGCAUUAAGAAGGUCUCCGGCGGCGCGUUGGAGGACUCCGAACUGAUCCAAGGGGUCGCCUUCAAGAAGACCUUCUCCUACGCCGGCUUCGAGAUGCAGCCGAAGAAGUACCUGUCGUGCAAGAUCGCGCUGCUGAACAUCGAGCUGGAGCUGAAGGCCGAGCGGGACAACGCGGAGGUGCGCGUCGACAACGUCGCGGAGUACCAGCGGAUCGUCGACGCCGAGUGGCAGAUACUCUACAACAAGCUCGAUCAGAUUCACAAGAGCGGUGCGAAGGUCGUGCUGUCGAAGCUGCCGAUCGGCGACGUCGCGACGCAGUACUUCGCCGACCGGGACAUGUUCUGCGCCGGCAGGGUGCCCGAGGAGGACCUGAAGAGGACGAUGAAGGCGUGCGGCGGCGCGAUCCUCUCGACGGUGCACGACAUCAAGGAGUCCGACCUCGGCCAGUGCGAGACCUUCGAGGAGAAGCAGAUCGGCGGCGAGAGGUUCAACAUAUUCUGCGAGUGCUCGCGAGCGAAGACGUGCACGUUUAUCUUACGCGGCGGCGCCGAGCAGUUCCUCGAGGAAACCGAGAGGUCGCUCCACGACGCGAUCAUGGUCGUCAGGCGCAUGGUGAAGAACGACGCGGUGGUCGGCGGCGGCGGCGCGAUCGAGAUGGAGCUCUCCAAGACGCUGCGCGAUUAUUCCCGCACCAUCGCGGGCAAGGAGCAGCUCCUCAUUGGCGCGAUCGCGCGGGCUCUCGAAAUUAUCCCGAGACAACUGUGCGACAACGCCGGCUUCGACGCGACGAAUAUCCUGAACAAGUUGCGCCAGAAGCACCACAUGAGCAUGCACUGGUUCGGCGUCGACAUCAACUUGGAGGACAUCGCUGACAACAUGCAGGCCUGCGUCUGGGAGCCCGCCGUGGUGAAGAUCAACGCGUUGACCGCCGCGACCGAGGCCGCGUGUCUCAUAUUGUCCGUCGACGAGACCAUCAAGAACCCGAAGAGCAGCCAAGACGGGCCGCAGGCGCCGAUGGGACGCGGCAUGGGCAGACCCAUGUAAUGCCGAGCGGAAUUGAGAGCAGGGUCGAGCGAACCAGGGUGAGGAACGAAAUUUCGUAUUCGUUAACGUACAGUAAUUUCUCACCCGAACGAGAAUUAUUAUUAUUAUUGUUAUUUUUUGCAUACAGGGGACAAAGCAUCCCUCUUGUACAUUAUAUAAAUAAAACAAAAGAAAAGCAUACCUGUACUUACGUAACUCAGUAACAAACUGUAAACGCAAGAAAUUUUAUCAAGUCAUAAGUUGAUACCGACGAGUGAUUGAAAAUUCGAGUGAUGACGGAACCAGCCGUGAAAAAAAAAAAACAAGAACGAUCGUUCGCGCCGAUUAGAAAUGCGAGUAGACCUUCGCUCGAAUGCAUCUCACGGAUUCUCAGCUCUCCCGUCUUUCCGUGAGUAUUGUCGAUGAAAAUGUUGCCUCGCCGUCCAAUUGAAGCAACGACCGGCCGAUGCGAAUCGAGUCGUGCGGGAAUGUCGAAUAAUGCGAGUAACGAUCGGCGCGAGCGGACGAGUGAAGUUUUGCUCGAUACGACGUUCCCGUGUGAGAAAUUACUCGGACGAUGCGCAAACCUCCGGCUCGCCGACCCUGCUCAUCCGACGAAGCGGAUUAACCGCGAUAUCGCAUUUAUGCGACACGCGACGGGAACGAUGGGGAACGUGACAUAUGAGCGUACGAAUAUUUGCGACGUUUUAUUUCAUCCAGUUGUCAAUCUCGAAUGUAUUAAAAAUGAAAGAGCUUGUAUUGUCGGGGACAAACCAUUGUUUUCAUGGGAAAAGUUCCGAAAAUGUUCGCAACAAUAAUUCUAUAGGCUUUGUGAAAAGAUAUAAAAAAGAAAUCUCAUUAAUUGUGCACACAAUUCUGCACACACACACACACACAAAUAUAAACGAUAUACACCCCACUGUCACGCAAUAAAAAAUACAACCGAUGGAAUAGCGAGGAAAGGGCUUCUUGCACGGAAAUAAAAGGAAAUUUUCAGACUUAGACGAGAACAUAAAAUGACACGUUUAAACGUAUAAAUGUCAAGUAUACAAGGCUGUGGAGGCUGAAAAUUGCGCGAUAACAAAUUAUAUAUAUAUAUUCUUACAACUGGCGCUUAAUACUGUAGUUCGUCUACCUACGGCAGGUCUCUCUCAACGGCGUUUCUUCUUCGUCUCGGUAACUGAAAUAUACAACGAUGAGGAGUCAGAAAACCGCAGGUUCAGGGUCGACGCCACAAAUCAUCGGAUUGGCACGAAAGGUUCGUCUAACGAGAAAUUCAAGGUCGCUGCGAAGUGUUGGCAGUUUUUGCGAAUAAAAACAAACAUCGACGA